GUAGUUUUCGUUAGAGUUCCCGGCAUGCCCACAGUCAAAUAUCAACAAACACAACAGCUCAUCGGAAUAAAAUUUAUUCAAAUAUAUAGCUGACAAAAUCGGAAAAUAAUCUCCGGAAAUUCAACACUAUAAACUGUAAAUCGUAAAGGACUUUUCAUACUUCGAAUUUAUUAAAAUGUCAUUAAUUUGUGCAAUUACGAAUGAAGUUCCGGACGCUCCAGUGAUUUCUCCUCAUUCUGGGGCAAUUUUUGAGAAACGAAUAAUCGAAAAAUACCUUCUAGAAAAUGGUUGUGAUCCAAUCACUGGCCAGACGAUGAAAGCGGAGGAGUUGAUUGAGGUGAAGACGCCACCAAUAGUUAAACCGAAGCCGCCUAGUGCUACAAGUAUACCAGCUACGCUGAAGACGUUACAAGAUGAAUGGGAUGCAUUAAUGUUACAUUCGUUUACGCAAAGACAGCAAUUGCAAACAACACGUCAAGAAUUAUCACAUGCUCUUUAUCAGCAUGACGCGGCCUGUCGUGUAAUCGCCCGACUCAAUAAGGAAGUGGCUGCGGCUCGUGAAGCUUUAGCAACUCUUAAACCGCAGGCUGGUAUUGGAACAUCAGCAGGUCCCAAUUCCAUGCCACAGCAUCCAUCUAUAGCAUCAGAAGCUGGUGGAGUUGCCACACAACCUAUAGAACAGGCAGGAAUGAGCGCAGAAAUUAUACAAAAAUUGCAGGACAAAGCUACUGUGUUAACACAGGAACGAAAAAAGCGCGGUCGCACGGUUCCUGAUGAACUGAUUACUCAAGACCAGAUAAAAACCUUUUUGACAACAGCAUCCCAUCCUGGCUUACAUUCGGCGUCGAUUCCAGGUAUUUUAGCGCUUGAUAUAAACUCGGCAGAUCACAGCAAAAUUCUGACUGGAGGAAAUGACAAAAAUGCCACUGUUUUUAAUAAAGACACCGAGCAAGUCGUUGCAAUACUAAAAGGUCACACAAAGAAAAUAACUAAAGUAAUAUAUCACCCAGACGAGGAUACCGUUAUAACCGGAUCACCCGAUAUGUCCAUCCGUAUUUGGAAUGUGCCUACUUCACAGACACAGCUAUUGCUUAGAUGCCACGACGGCCCUGUUACAGGUUUGUCGUUGCAUCCAACAGGGGAUUAUGUGUUAUCAACUUCAUCAGAUAAACAUUGGGCCUUUUCGGAUAUUCGAACCGGACGUCUUCUGACAAAGGUAGUCGAUACUGCAGAAGUGGGCCUGACAACCGCACAGUUUCACCCCGACGGUUUGAUUUUUGGGACUGGAACUGAUGAUUCUCAAGUUAAAAUAUGGGAUCUGAAAGAACAAAGCAAUGUGGCCAAUUUUCCUGGACACACAGGGCCUAUAUCAGCCAUUUCAUUUUCAGAGAAUGGCUAUUAUUUAGCCACAGCCGCCGACGAUGCAUGUGUUAAGUUGUGGGAUUUACGUAAAUUGAAAAAUUUCAAAACAAUACAACUGGAUGAUGGUUACGAAGUCAAAGAUUUAUGUUUUGAUCAAAGCGGUACAUAUUUGGCAAUUGCUGGCUCGGAUGUAAGGAUCUAUUUAUGCAAACAGUGGCAGGACUUAAAAGUUUUUAAUGACCAUACAGCCCUGGCCACAGGCGUUCGGUUUGGGAAACAUGCUCAAUACGUAGCUUCAACUAGUAUGGACCGUACUUUGAAAUUGUAUGCUAUUGAGUAAUUGGACAUGCUUUGAAAUGCAGUCUUUAUAAGGGUCUAAUAAAUCGACACGCCAAUGAUAAAUUUGUAUUAAUGAAAAUAAAGAUGUACCAAUUUAAGUCUAUAGAUGUCUGUAGAAUCUACAUUGUAGAUACAUAAUCAAUACAAAUAUUCAUAUUUAAA